AUGGCAACGCCUACCCUCCCGGUGCCUUCCGUGGGAUCAGUCUCACGAAGCCGAAGAAUUCAGAAGACCCCGAACCCCUCAAGAAGAGACAAAAUUCGACAGGGAAAGCUGAUCCGCUGUUGGACUGAUGAAGAGGAAUCUUUCCUAUUCCGGAGUCGAAACCAAAAGCUACCCUACAAACACAUCGCCAGCCGAUUGGAAAAGUCCGAGCUAGCAUGUCGCCUCCAUUACCAUCAUAUGACAGUCGGCCGGAAAGGUCAUCGAGCAGGGGAAUUCGACGAUGACAUGUCGGAAGAAAGUGGAAUUAUGUCACCGCCUCCUGUCCCAGCCGAAGGCAGAUCUCCAUCGCAAAAGGAGAAUGAAAGCGCUCUCCCAGAAGACCCCAUCCUCCCAGCACCGGACACGACGAAGUUGUGCACGCUACCGAGCUUUGAGACCUUCCUCCGAGACACUUUCCAUCGCAGAAGUUUAUCGAUGCCAGAUUCGGAUACGCAUUCUGACAAUAUGAUGCCAGUAAGCGAUGUUGAGGGGGGGACGCUUCUUCCAAGCAGUAACAGACCGACGCGGACACUGUCAGGGACAUGGUUGCGGGAGAAUAGGAGUUUGGUCGUGCCCUUUGGACCUCCCCCCCCCAGCGAGCAACCAGGCUCAGAAUCCAUGCCGCACGGCGCUGAUCUGACUCGAUUUCACGGCAUUUCAAGUGAUGCAUCAGACAAAUGCAAGCUUAAUACUAUUCCGUCAAUGCCGGUCGGUCCCGCUCGACUUCGAGUAUAUGCAGCCACGGAUUGA